GCAUAUCGGUUGGCGAUUACAAUUUCUAUCGAGCAGCUGACUGAUGGCGAAAGCGGAGAAAAUGUUAAAAACAAAAAAAAAUUAAGAAAACUUCGGACAAAAUACAUUAAAAAUCAGUAAUAUAUUAGUUAAUUAAAUGUUUAAGCGCACAGACAAUUAGCUGCUUAGGAAUAUGGAUAUGGCCAGAAGUAUAUUCGGCCGCGACCACGAGGGUUACGUGGGCCGUGAAGAACAUACGCGCAAAUUGCAGACCUUGAGCUCAGAAGACGAUAUUGGUGAGCUACCGCCCAUAAUGGAGGAACUAAGCGUUGCCGAUGGCUUACGACCAAAUCCUGGAGGUCCUUUCUCAGCUUUAACACCAUCAAUGUGGCCACAAGAGAUAUUGGCCAAAUUGGGUGGUGAGUCUGAAAUGGCGGCAGCUGGACCCAACGACCAACCCGAUUAUCGUUUCGAUGAGUUUGGAUUUCGAGUAGAGGAGGAGGAUGGUCCCGAACAAAGCUCUAAUAAAUUGCUCAGCAUACCAUUUAUGGAAGAUACACAGCAGCGUAUGCAAUGGAUAGCACACUUGGAAUUUGCCCACAACAAAGAGGCCAAUGAACUUAGCUGGGAGCAUGUCGAAUUGCUAUUGCAGCGCACAGAGAAGCUGCGCAAAAUGGUACAGAACGGAAUCCCACACAGUUUGCGACCCCAAAUGUGGAUGCGUUUAUCCGGCGCUCUAUCGAAAAAGCAAAAGAGUGAGACUAGCUACCAGGACAUUGUUAAGGCUUCCAGCAACGAUCAGUUAAUGACAUCCAAGCAAAUCGAAAAGGAUCUAUUGCGUAUAUUGCCCACUAAUGCAUGCUUCAGUCAUCCUAAUGGCACUGGCAUACCACGGCUGCGCCGCAUAUUGCGCGGCAUUGCGUGGUUGUUUCCAGACAUUGGCUAUUGCCAAGGCACCGGCGUCAUUGUGGCCUGUCUGCUGCUGUUCAUGGAGGAGGAGAAUGCAUUUUGGAUGAUGGUCACCAUCGUCGAGGAUUUGCUGCCAGCCUCCUACUAUAGCUCAACAUUGCUGGGUAUUCAGGCGGAUCAGCGUGUCAUGCAGACGCUGAUAGCCAACUAUUUGGCCAGCGUGGAUGAAUCGCUCAAGAGGCACGACAUUGAUCUGUCGCUAAUAACUCUGCACUGGUUCCUCACAAUCUUUGCCAAUGUGGUGCACAUGAAGAUACUAGUGCGUAUUUGGGACUGGUUCUUUUACGAGGGAUCUAUAGUGCUGUUUCAGCUAACCCUAGGCAUGCUCAAGGUUAAGGAACAGGAUCUAAAACAUUUGGAGAACUCGGCACAAAUAUUUAAUUCGCUUUCCAUGUGCUGCGAAGUAGACGACGUUGAGAUACUUUUCCACCAGGCUCUCGAAGUGGGCGGCUCGUUGAGCCAAACUGUAAUUGACACUCAUCGACGUCGCCAUUUGGCUUAUUUGAUGGCCGAUCAGGGUCAUCAAAUUGGCAACCCAGAGGCGGCCGCCAAUCUGCCCAAGCAACAGCUGGCCCGACGACAAGUACGCAAAAGUAAAUCCAUACUGGAAGCAUUCCUAUUUCGCGGUGAUCCAGAAGCGGAGCAGCUAAAGAACAAGAAUAUACGCCAGACCGAAAUUCUUGUGGAUCUACGGGAGGCGAUUUUAAAAGUAGGCCGUCAUUUUAUAACCAUUGAGCCGAAACUUGCUGGCCAUAUUCAACUGACAGCUAACUACAGCAGCGAAUCUCAUGCCAAGGAUCAUGAGAACUUUAUAAAUGUGGCAAGGACACGUAAACGACGCGCCAAAGCACUGCACGACUUUGAACGUCAUGACGACGAUGAGUUGGGAUUCAGGCGCAACGAUAUCAUCACAAUAAUUAGCCAAAAGGAUGAGCAUUGCUGGGUGGGUGAGCUGAACGGUUUGCGGGGCUGGUUUCCCGCAAAAUUUGUGCAGCUACUGGAUGAGCGCAGCAAACUGUAUACCUCAGCUGGAGAUGAUGCGAUUUCGGAAACGGUGACAGACCUCGUACGUGGAACAUUGGCACCGGCUAUUAAAGCAUUCCUUGAGCAUGGUAUGAAGCGUCCCACAUUCCUGGGCGGUCCUAUACACCCGUGGUUAUUCAUUGAGGAGGUUUCCUCUCUGGAGGUGGAAAAGGACUUUAAAUCUGUGUAUAGUCGUUUGGUACUUUGCAAAACCUAUCGCCUGGAUGAGGAUGGCAAGGUCUUGACGCCCGAAGAGCUGCUCUAUCGCUGUGUGCAGACCAUCAAUCAAACACACGACAAUGCCCAUGCCCAAAUGGAUGUCAAACUGCGUUCCCUCAUCUGUCUGGGCCUUAACGAGCAGGUGCUGCAUCUAUGGCUUGAAGUGCUUUGCGCCUGCCAGGAGGUGGUGCAGAAAUGGUAUCACACCUGGAGCUUUAUUGAUUCACCAGGCUGGGUGCAAAUCAAAUGCGAAUUGCGCAUACUCUCACAGUUUGCCUUCAAUCUGAAUCCGGACUGGGAGCUGCCACCUAAGCGUGGCAAGGAAUCGCAACCACUAAAAGAUGGUGUACGCGAUAUGCUUGUCAAACAUCAUUUAUUCUCCUGGGACCUGUGAGUCCUGGGAUGCACCCAAAAAGCAUUCAUCCUUUAAUAGAUUUGCAUAGUUCUUUACAACGGAUGUACAAUCAUGGCCCAAAUCCCAAGUAUUUAAUAUGAACAAAAACUACGCACGAAUUUUGCUUUAAUAUCUCAUGCUUUCGAUCCACUCUUGUGCAAUCUUUUCAAAGAAAUCAUCAACUUCGGCAUACCGAAGUUAAUAUAUCCUUGCAGACGUUUCUUAAUAUUAACUAAUUUUUAACAACUCUAACUUUCUAUAAUUCAAAGUACAGGACGCUAGUUGAUUAAAGCUCUGCAAGAAUAUCAGUUUAGCUUGUUAAAUACUUUCUCGUUGUUGUAUGCCUAAUUUAAGUCUAUUAUCUUUAGCUUUUUUUAACAUUAUACAUAUAAAUGUAGCUCUUGCUAUUUAUUUACUUAAAAUAUCCAUCCAUAUUUGUAGCUCCCAUAUACCACAUACAAAAGAAAUACACAACCACACAGAAUUGUACUAAAUUA